CAAUGCCUUUUAAUUGGACCCUCAAAACCCGACCUCAACAUCGUGAACUCGAUAGAACUCGAUCAUAGCUACACGUUUGCCAAGUCAAUUGGGACAAUCGAUGGGCAAAGCCUGUCCCUGCGACCCAAUCCGACCACACGACGACAUUAAUCAACCGCAUACCUUCUAAUGACGCCCAUAUAGCAGGACAACUGCCUUCAUACGAAAGGGGCAUCCUGCCUGCCACCUCCUCACGCCUCGGGAUGCCUCCACGACCAGCGUCACAAUGCUGCCGAGUCCUCCAGCACCCGAUUUUGUCAUCGCGAGAUGGUAUCUGGGUAACAGACGCUUUAUUGGCGAGCACUUUUGACCGCUACUGCUUGGUCUCUAAGCAGCUGAGGCGAAAGACUGGCAACGUCCCAGGGCCGCUCGAGAGCAGGCGUCGACUGGGAAAGCGUCAGAUGGGGGAUCUAAAUGUCGUUCAAUCGACGCCCUCGCUUCCAGCAUGGGCCCUUCAGAACUCGAUGGAUCUCUCCAAAUGGCAUUGGGAACCUCCGACGCGCCUGCCCGCUACAGGCGAGAAGCCUGAACGUGCCUUGCCUGCUUGGUUGAGGGAAUGGGCGCCUACGGAUCUCGAAGAACAAGCGCCACAGCCUACACGAAGCCGUAACACGACAUCUGUGCAAGCCCCUUCGAUCUUGGCAGAAUUGGAUUCUUUUCGAGUGUCCAUCCUCGCAGUCUCACCUAACGCUAUGGCCCCGGAGUACAGGGAGCUAUGCAAACGACUAGAGAAACAAAUAUCUCUCGGACAGGUAGCAAGCGACGAGUUGGAUAAUGCACUCCAAGCCCUGUUCGAAGCCCUAGACGCACGGUCUGGGAAUGUGCCCGACACAUCAGUCCUCUCCAUCGCCCUCUGCUCCGCCGUUAUCAAUGGUAUUAAGACGUCGAGAGUGCUGGUACCGUCCGACUUCGGCAGUUCCUUCUGGGCCAAGUUGUUGGCACAGAUGGCUAAGCUGCCAGCCAACGAUGACCUGUGCAAGCUCUUCGAACUUACUAUGGAUACUCUUCCCACCGGCUACCAUGGAAAAUUGUCAAACGGGGUUCUGUCUGUUCUCGACACUUUCUACACAUCAUGGUCAGGCACGGAUAAUUGGGAUUCUUCUUUGGUUGCGCGCUCCUUGCAAACUGCAACAGAAGCGAAUGACCGUUUCCAAGCCAUCCUAGCUGAGGCAAUGGACUCGACCGCAAACAACACGGAACUUGCAAAAUGUCUGCUCCAACGAGCCAACGAGGUCCACCAGACGUGUCGCGACGCAAUUAAUUCUGCCACCAACGCCAUUUCUUCACAUCAAAGACAAGUCCAGGCGGUUUCCAGAGCAUUAUCAGGGAUGGACCCUAAGCGGCGGUUGUUUGCUGCCGCGAAUCAACGCUUGUCGAACCGGCCCCUUCUUUCUCCUGAGGCGUGCCACCAACUGCGGUAUAACUGGCUUUCGGUCUUAUCUCGAUUGCCUCGUAUCAGCCAAGACGCCCUGCUCGAGGCGCACAAAAUCCUUUGCAGCGAGCCAACGGUACACCCGGUCUUGUUGACCAACACCGAGAUAUGCCGGCUUCUAAUUUCCCACUGGGCUAGCCGGGGAAGGCUGACGAGUCCUCAACGAUUUGAGCAUCUCGUCGAACGUUUGUGCGCUGGACACGAUUCUGCUGGCUUCGCAGCACUCACAUACGCCCUGUCUCUCGAGGAGAAGGAUCGGAGGUGGCUCAUUGACGGCCUGUGCAAAUUCCUGAAGCAGGUUGGGCGGCUGGCGGAACUGCCUAGCUCGUUUGAAAAGCUUGGGGAACUCGAGCGGCUGCCCGUACGCCUGCUCGAGAGGCUUGCUACCGCAUCCGACGAUCACAAGGUGGCCAUUGGGCUUCACGACGCAUAUGUCAGUAGUCAAUCCGGGCCAGGCGGGUCGGAUUGGAACCCCCGCACGUGGUGGAAGUAUCUCGACGCAAUGCUCAUGGACCCAGCCGUCAGCCCAGCCAGGCUGUGGAAGAUCCUAGGCAUUAAAUUCUAUGAGGACAUGGGGAGGAAACACGAGCCGCGGCGGACCAAGCAGCGUUGCAGCUACGGAGAGGAAAGCGCCGCAAUUGUGGCGAGCCUUGCUGUGAGGUUUGCCUAUGCAGCCCAUCUGGGGAACCGGGUGGCUUACCGGCAUGUUUCACAGUGUGUCGUGUUUCUGGAGAAGUAUACGAAGAAUGUGCCCCCGUCCGUCCUCCAGGCGCUCUACCACGUCGUCUCGAGAGACUUGGCCGAGGGGCGCCCGGCGAGGACGGCACGUCUGCAGUGGUUCUUGCGGAUUGUCGAGAGGCAGUGUGGUGGGCAGAUGGCGGGUGAGUGCGGGCUCUUACUACAGCAAUGGCGGCACCUGGCGUUACGUAUGAGAGAGACAGCAGCCCUGCGCUAGUUUCACGGCAGGAACCCCGAGUGCAUGAACCAGAGUUCGCGCCCGGGCUGGCCAGUGCCUACGGGGAGGGGACCUGGUUCCAUUCCAUGUUGAUACUUCUAGGUAGCUUCUAGCCCCAAUGUAGAUUGGAAUCCAUGGCCUUGUCACAGAAGUUACGCGCAAAUGUUGGCAUGGAAGCCUCGUAUCAGCAAGAAUCCAAUGGUCUGGCUGCAGGGUUGCUCAUUAGGGAAGGUGAUGGAUAGGCCAGGAAGCACAGACGAAACAACGCAGUUACACAAUGGCUGCCGGCUG